UGACGAGCCAAGGAAAUGAAUUGCAGAUGUGAACAUUCAGGAAGAAAAGUCAGUGUUGGAGAUCAGAUUCUUUUUCAGCUGUUCAGCUUCAUCAUGGAUGACACACACACAUCCAGAGAUAAAGAUUUUUCUCCAGAUGGCAGUUCAUUUCAUCAGAAGAGAUCAGAACCAGAGCCCAGCUGUGUGUCUAUGAAGAGUGACGCGUCUAUGGAUCGGCCAGUAAAUUUUAAGAGUGUGGAUACAAAGUCUGAUCUAAGCCAUGAAGUCCUCAACAUGUUUAGAUCAAAUCUGAUGAAGAAGUUUGAGUGUCUUUAUGAAGGAACAGCAAAUCAGGGAAACCCAACACUCCUGAAUGAGAUCUACACUGAGCUCUACAUCACAGAGAGUGAGAGUGGAGAGAUCAGUAAUGAACAUGAGGUGAGACAGAUUGAAACACAAUCCAGGAGAGCAGCAACAGAGGACACACAGAUCAAAUGCAAUGACAUCUUUAGACCUUUACCUGGACAAGACAAACCCAUCAGAACUGUGCUGACGAAGGGAGUCGCUGGCAUUGGAAAAACAGUCUCUGUGCAGAAGUUCAUCCUGGACUGGGCGGAAGAGAAAGAGAAUCAGGACGUCCAGCUCAUAUUUCCACUUCCUUUCAGAGAGAUCAAUCUGAUGAAGGACAAAACACUCAGUCUUUCAGAUCUUCUUCAUGUCUUUUUCCCUGAAACUAAGGAAAUAGAAAUAUCCAGUGACAAAUAUAAAGUGUUGUUCAUCUUUGAUGGUCUGGACGAGUGUCGUCUGUCUCUGGAUUUUCAGAGCAAUGUGAGGUUGUGUGAUGUAAGUGAAUCAGCUUCAGUGGACGAGCUGCUGACGAACCUCAUUGUGGGGAAUCUGCUUCCCUCUGCUCUCAUCUGGAUCACCUCCAGACCAGCAGCAGCCGAUCUCGUCCCCUCUGAGUGUGUCCAUCGAGUGACAGAGGUACGAGGGUUCAAUGAUCCACAGAAGGAGGAAUACUUCAGGAAGAGAAUCAGUGAUCAGAGUCUGGCCAAUACAAUCAUCACACACCUGAAGUCCUCAAGGAGCCUCUACAUCAUGUGCCACAUCCCAGUGUUCUGCUGGAUCUCAGCCACUGUUCUGGAGAAGAUGAUGAGCGAAGCAGAGAGAGGAGAGAUUCCCAAGACUCUCACUCAAAUGUACACACACUUCCUGAUCCUUCAGACCAACAUCAACCAUGAGAAGGACUAUGAGAAGAACGUGACAGAUGAAGACAUGAUCCUCAAACUGGGGAAACUGGCUUUUCAGCAGCUUGUGAAAGGCAAUGUGAUCUUCUAUGAGGAAGACCUGAGAGAGUGUGGUAUUGAUGUGACAGAAGCAUCAGUGUACUCAGGAUUGUGCUCUCAGUUCUUCAGAGAGGAGUUUGGUUGGUAUCAGGGGAAAGUCUUCUGCUUUGUUCAUCUGAGCGUUCAGGAACAUCUAGCGGCUCUAUAUGUGCACCUCUCCUUUAUAAACACCAACACAAAUGUGUUUGACUCAAUCACUAAACAGAGUUUGCGGUCUAAAGUUAAGGACUGGUUUCGACAAAAUUCAUCAGAACAUGUUUCAUUAUCUGACCUACAUAAGAGAGCUGUGGAUGAGGCUCUACAGAGUAAAAAUGGACAUCUGGACCUUUUCCUGCGGUUCCUUCUGGGUCUGUCAGUGGAGUCUCCUCAGAUUCUCCUUCAAAGACUAAUGAAACAGACAAGAACAUCUGACAGCAAUGUGGAAACAGUUGAGUAUAUCAAGAAGAAGAUCAGGACCAUUGACUCUCCAGAGAAAUCCAUCAAUCUGUUCCACUGUCUGAAUGAACUGGGUGAUCAUUCACUAGUGGAGGACAUACAACAGUAUCUGAAAUCUGGAAGAAUAAGUGAAGCCAAACUCUCUUCAUCUCAGUGGUCAACUGUAGCUUUUGUGUUGUUGACAUCAGAGGAGAAGCUGGAUGAGUUUGAUAUUAAUCAUUUUGUUGGAAGAGACAAUAAAACUGAAAAACUAAAGUUUUUUCAGAAGCUGCUUCCUGUGAUUAAAGAAUCCAGAUUAGUUCGGUUGAGGGAUUGUGGCGUCACAGAUGAAGGUUUUGCUGCUCUGACUUCAGCUCUGAGAUCAAACUCUGAACACCUGAGAGAACUGGAUCUGUCUGAGAAUAAAAUAGGAAAAUCAGUGAAUCUGCUGUCUGAUGUACUACAGAAUCCUCACUGUAAACUGGAGAAACUGUGGUUGAGGGAUUGUGGCGUCACAGAUGAAGGUUUUGCUGAUCUGACUUCAGCUCUGAGAUCAAACCCUGAACACCUGAGAGAACUGGAUCUGUCUGAGAAUAAAAUAGGAAAAUCAGUAAAUCUGCUGUCUGAUGUACUACAGAAACCUCACUGUAAACUGGAGAAACUGUGGUUGAGGGAUUGUGGCGUCACAGAUGAAGGUUUUGCUGCUCUGACUUCAGCUCUGAGAUCAAACCCUGAACACCUGAGAGUAUUGAAUCUGUCUGGGAAUAAAAUAGGAAAAUCAAUGAAUCUGCUGUCUGAUGUACUACAGAAUCCUCACUGUAAACUGAAGAAACUGUGGUUGAGGGAUUGUGGCGUCACAGAUGAAGGUUUUGCUGAUCUGACUUCAGCUCUGAGAUCAAACCCUGAACACCUGAGAGAACUGGAUCUGUCUUGGAAUAAAAUAGGAAAAUCAGUGAAUCUGCUGUCUGAUGUACUACAGAAUCCUCACUGUAAACUGGAGAGUCUGUGGUUGUGGGAUUGUGGCGUCACAGAUGAGGGUUUUGCUGAUCUGACUUCAGCUCUGAGAUCAAACCCUGAACACCUGAGAGAACUGGAUCUGUCAUUUAAUAAAAUAGGAAAAUCUGUGAAUCUGCUGUCUGAUGUACUACAGAAUCCUCACUGUAAACUGGAGAAACUGUGGUUGAGGGAUUGUGGUGUCACAGAUGAAGGUUUUGCUGAUCUGGCUUCAGCUCUGAGAUCAAACCCCUCACACCUGAGACAACUGGAUCUGUCUGGGAAUAAAAUAGGAAGUUCCGGUGUAACGCUUAUCUGUGCUGUACUCGAAGAUACUCACUGUAAAUUGGAGCAACUGUGGUUGAAGGAUUGUGGCGUCACAGAUGAAGGUUGUGCUGAUCUGGCUUCAGCUCUGAGAUCAAACCCCUCACAUCUGAGACAACUGGAUCUAUCUGAGAAUAAACUGGGAAGACAUUCAGUAAAUCUUCUCUCUGCUUUACUGGAGGAUCAUCACUGUAAACUGGAGAUACUGGGGUUGAGGGAUUGUGGCGUCACAGAUGAAGGUUUUGCUGAUCUGACUUCAGCUCUGAGAUCAAACCCUGAACACCUGAGAGAACUGAGUCUGUCUGGGAAUAAAAUAGGAAAAUCAGUGAAUCUGCUGUCUGAUGUACUACAGAAUCCUCACUGUAAACUGGAGAAACUGUGGUUGAAGGAUUGUGGUGUCACAGAUGAAGGUUUUGCUGCUCUGACUUCAGCUCUGAGAUCAAACCCUGAACACCUGAGAGUACUGGAUCUGUCUGGGAAUAAAAUAGGAGAAUCAGUGAAUCUGCUGUCUGAUGUACUACAGAAUCCUCACUGUAAACUGGAGAAACUGGGGUUGAGGGAUUGUGGCGUCACAGAUGAAGGUUUUGCUGCUCUGACUUCAGCUCUGAGAUCAAACCCUGAACACCUGAGAGAACUGAAUCUGUCUGGGAAUAAAAUAGGAAAAUCAGUGAAUCUGCUGUCUGAUGUACUACAGAAUCCUCACUGUAAACUGGAGAAACUGUGGUUGAAGGAUUGUGGCGUCACAGAUGAAGGUUUUGCUGCUCUGACUUCAGCUCUGAGAUCAAACCCUGAACACCUGAGAGUACUGGAUCUGUCUGGGAAUAAAAUAGGAGAAUCAGUGAAUCUGCUGUCUGAUGUACUACAGAAUCCUCACUGUAAACUGGAGAAACUGGGGUUGAGGGAUUGUGGCGUCACAGAUGAAGGUUUUGCUGCUCUGACUUCAGCUCUGAGAUCAAACCCUGAACACAUGAGAGUACUGAAUCUGUCUGAGAAUAAAAUAGGAAAAUCAGUGAAUCUGCUGUCUGAUGUACUACAGAAUCCUCACUGUAAACUGAAGAAACUGGGGUUGAGGGAUUGUGGCGUCACAGAUGAAGGUUUUGCUGCUCUGACUUCAGCUCUGAGAUCAAACCCUGAACACCUGAGAGAACUGAAUCUGUCUGAGAAUAAAAUAGGAGAAUCAGUGAAUUGGCUGUCUGAUGUACUACAGAAUCCUCACUGUAAACUGGAGAAACUGGGGUUGAGUCAUUGUGGCGUCACAGAUGAAGGUUGUGUUGCUCUGGCUUCAGCUCUGAGAUCAAACCCUGAACACCUGAGAGUACUGGAUCUGUCAUUUAAUAAACUAGGACAUUCAGGAGUGAAGUUGCUCUCUGUUCUGAAGGAUGAUCCACAUUAUAAACUGAAGGAACUAGUUUACUGACUCUCAGUAUUUAGACGUCAGUCCAGUUUCCUCAGGAUCAGCUGAUGGUGAAUAAGGAGCCGCUACAGAGACUGAAGACACAGAGACACACAGCGAUCACACUGACGUGUGUGUGUGACUUCACACCAGUCUCUUGUUUUGUAGUAAUGGCUCAUGAAAAUGAGUGCUGAAAACAGCAGCUUUGAAUUGUUUAAAAAAUCUGAGACUACAGAAAAGAUCAAUGUUGUAAAUUUUUCUACCAGCAGAAGGAUAC